UACAUCCUCAAGCAAAUUAGUUGAUAUGAGUUUGUGAUGCGGGGUAACAUUAAAUAAACAUUAUAAUUUAAGAUGACGGGACUAUACUCCCACACAAAAUAAAUCCAAUGUUUUUCAUAAAGACAGUAGUAGUUGAAUUUAUAAAUAAGGGAAUACUCAAAGAAAUAAUAUUAUGAAUUAUUAGUUUUGUUAUUGUUAGAAAUUUUUUUUCAGUAUCCUCUGGUGCGUGUUCCUCCACUCUACAUCUCUCUUAGUCCACACUCCUGGUGUUCAGGUUCAAGUGCCGCGAUAAAUACUCGAGUUCCGAGCCUGUCGAUGAAAUUUUAAAUCAGUACUCGGUAGUGUUGCUUCAACUGCGGACUACAACAUUUCAAUAUCAGUAGAAUGAAGCGUUUGGGGAUUUUGAAUCUUAUCAGCAUCUACUGUUUUUUUAUCCAAAAGACAGUCGCCAAUAAUACUGAUGAUACAUUAAAUGUACUGACCAUAACAGUUGCUUCAAAUAGAACUGAUGGCUUUGAAAGAUAUUUGAGAUCAGCUCGUGUGUAUGGAUUUGAGGACAACGUCACUGUACUUGGUCUCGAUAAACCAUGGAAAGGAGGAAAUAUGAAGAGCGUAGGUGGUGGAUACAAAAUAAAUUUAUUGAAAAACGCACUGAAAAAAUUCAAAGAUGAUGAUAAUAAAAUUAUUCUAUUCACUGAUAGUUAUGAUGUCAUAUUUUCAUCAACGUUAGAACAAAUAGUAAAAAAAUUUAAGAGCUUAGACGCACGUAUACUAUUUGCUGCUGAGAAAUUUAGUUGGCCUGAUAAAUCAUUAGCGUCAAAAUAUCCAAAAGUUUAUCACGGUGAACCCUAUCUCAAUUCCGGUGGUUUUAUAGGCUACGCAUCCGAUGUGUACGCAAUAAUAACUGAUAAAAAAAUAGAAGAUACUGAUGAUGACCAGCUUUAUUAUACGAAUAUUUAUUUGAAUGAAAGUCUUCGCCGGAAGCACAAAAUAAAACUUGAUCACAAGUGUGAAAUAUUUCAAAAUUUAUUUGGAUCUAUAGAGAAUAUCGAAUUGCGAUUCAAAGAAGAUGAAGCCUACUUACAAAAUACAUUAUACGAUACAGUACCACUGAUCAUCCAUGGAAACGGUCCUUCAAAACUGGUGUUAAAUUCCCUGGGAAAUUAUUUAGCUAAAGCAUGGAAUCCAGCGGAGGGAUGUUUAAAUUGCUGGGACAAUACAAUAGAACUUUCAGAUGAAGAACAAAACACAUACCCGCCUAUUUUAAUAGCCAUUUUUAUUGACAAAGCUACGCCAUUUCUCGAAGAAUUUUUAAAUAAAAUCGCCCGGCAAACUUAUCCCAAGUCCAAGUUACAUCUUUUUGUUUACAACAACGAAGCCUAUCAUGAGAAAGUAUUGAAUAAUUGGAUUGAAAAAUUCGGUGAUCAGUACAAAAGCAAGAAAAUCAUUACUCCGUCUGAUCAAAUUGAUCCCGCAACAGCCAGAGAUCUUUCUCUAAAUUACUGCCUACUCAAAGAGUGUUCUGGAUACUUUUUCAUCGAAUCCGUGGCUCAUCUUGACAACGAACAUGCUCUUAAGUUACUCGUAGAACAGCAGCGAUCAAUCGUCGCGCCUUUGCUACUUAGACCUGGACAAAGUUGGAGCAAUUUCUGGGGAGCUGUUGCUGACAAUGGAUACUACGCACGUAGCUCAGAUUAUAUGGAAAUUAUUGAAAAUAAACGCCGAGGUCUAUGGAAUGUUCCUUAUAUUACUAAUUGUUACUUGAUCAACGUAACAAUAAUCAGCAAUGCUUCAACCCGGCCCCUAUUUGUAGCCAAUGAUCUAGAUCCUGACAUGUCUUUUGCUAUAACAAAUCGACAAAAGGGCAUUUUUAUGUACGUAAAUAAUCGCCUGGAGUUUGGUCAUCUUAUAAAUACAGAUAGUUAUAAUACUCAUUACACAAAUCCUGAUUUGUACGAAAUAUUUAACAAUAAAAAUGACUGGGAGAAACGUUAUCUCCAUGUUAACUACUCGAAAAACUUUGAUGAGGACAAUACGCCUGUUCAGCCAUGUCCUGAUGUCUACUGGUUCCCAAUAGUAUCGCCAAGAUUCACCAAAGAAUUUAUUGAAAUAAUGGAAGCAUUCGGCCAGUGGUCUGACGGAUCAAAUCAUGACGAUCGACUUGACAGUGGGUACGAACCAGUUCCAACUCGUGAUAUUCAUAUGGCCCAAGUGGGUCUCCAUGAAACGUGGCUAGAGUUCCUACGGAUAUAUGUAAGCCCAUUGCAACAAAUGGUAUUUCUCGGAUAUUACGACUAUCCACCAAAGUCACUGAUGAAUUUCGUCGUGAGAUACAGACCAGAUGAGCAGCCUUCGCUGAGAGCACAUCACGACAGCUCGACAUACACAAUAAAUAUUGCAUUGAAUAAAGCUGGAGUUGAUUAUGAAGGAGGUGGCUGUCGAUUCAUACGUUACAAUUGUUCAGUCACUGACACAAAACCUGGCUGGAUGUUGAUGCAUCCUGGGAGAUUGACUCAUUAUCACGAGGGUCUAUUAGUUACAAAAGGAACUAGAUACAUCAUGAUAUCGUUCAUCGAUCCGUGAUUCAAUGACCGCGCUAGUGAAUAAUGAAAAUCAAAUUAUAUCAUUUCAUUUUUUUUUAUCAUUCAAUCCCCAGUGACUUCGAUAAUUCAGACUAAUUAAAUGUAUUGAACUGUAUUAUUUUUUACUGAAAAAAAUUUUUUAAUUAAUUUUUACGCAGGAGACUAAUUAUCCUUAUCAUUAAUCCUCUUUACGAUGAUAACUAAUUUACAAAUAAAU